GCGACAGAUCGAGACUCCAUCUCAAAAAAAAAAAGUGGGUGGAAAUAUAUCAGAAGUCAUCUGGGGAAGUAUUUUUUUCUAUAAUUGAGAACUGCUUUAUGCAAAAAAAACUUUGUCUGGGUUAGUAGGCGCAUGAACCAGGUCCUGAACCACAGCAGGAGCCUCCUAAGGCGAGAGGUUGAAGCUUCUCUUCUGACUCUGGGAUCAGCCCCAGAGCAGGCCCUGCCCCCAGGAGUCUGUGUGUCUGCUCUCUUCUUCCCAUCCAUAUUCCUUUCAGGAGGGUCACGCAGCACAAUGCCAGCUCUGCCCCUGGACCAACUCCAGAUCACCCACAAGGACCCGAAGACAAGAAAGCUGAGGACUUCACCAGCGCUGCACCCCGAGCAGAAGGCAGACCGGUAUUUUGUGUUAUACAAACCGCCCCCUAAAGACAACAUUCCCGCCCUAGUGGAGGAGUACCUGGAACGCGCCACCUUCGUAGCCAAUGACCUCGACUGGCUCCUGGCCUUGCCUCACGAUAAAUUCUGGUGCCAGGUGAUCUUUGACGAGACUCUACAGAAGUGCCUGGACUCCUACCUGCGCUAUGUCCCCCGCAAAUUCGACGAGGGGGUGGCCUCAGCCCCUGAGGUUGUUGACAUGCAGAAGCGCCUCCAUCGAAGUGUUUUUCUCACCUUCCUCCGCAUGUCCACUCACAAGGAAUCCAAAGAUCACUUCAUUUCCCCCUCUGCGUUUGGAGAAAUCCUCUACAAUAACUUCCUCUUUGACAUUCCAAAGAUCCUGGACCUCUGCGUGCUCUUUGGAAAAGGCAACUCACCACUGCUCCAGAAGAUGAUAGGAAACAUCUUUACACAGCAGCCAAGUUACUACAGUGACCUGGAUGAAACCCUGCCUACCAUCCUUCAGGUCUUCAGCAAUAUCCUCCAGCACUGUGGUUUGCAAGGGGACGGGGCCAGUACCACACCCCAGAAGCUCGAGGAGAAGGGCCGAUUGACCCCCAGCGACAUGCCUCUCCUGGAAUUAAAGGACAUUGUUCUCUACCUUUGUGAUACCUGCACCACACUUUGGGCCUUUCUGGAUAUCUUCCCUUUGGCUUGCCAGACCUUCCAGAAGCACGACUUUUGUUACAGACUAGCUUCCUUCUACGAAGCAGCAAUUCCCGAAAUGGAGUCUGCAAUUAAGAAGAGGAGGCUCGAAGAUAGCAAGCUUCUUGGUGACCUGUGGCAGAGGCUCUCCCAUUCCAGGAAGAAGCUAAUGGAGAUUUUCCACAUCAUCCUGAACCAGAUCUGCCUCCUUCCCAUCCUAGAAAGCAGCUGUGACAACAUUCAGGGCUUCAUCGAAGAGUUCCUUCAGAUCUUCAGCUCCUUGCUGCAGGAGAAGAGGUUCCUCCAGGACUAUGAUGCACUCUUCCCCGUGGCUGAAGACAUCAGCUUGCUGCAGCAGGCCUCGUCAGUCUUGGACGAGACACGGACUGCCUACAUCCUCCAGGCAGUCGAGAGUGCAUGGGAAGGGGUGGACAGACGGAAAGCCGCAGAUGCUAAAGACCCAACGGUGACUGAGGAGCCUAAUGGGGAGCCUAACAGGGUCGUGGUGACGGCAGAGGCAGGCAGUCAAGCGUCAUCACAUCCGGAGAACUUGGAGGAAGAGGAGUGCAUGGGAGCAGCUGCGGCUGUGGGCCCUGCCGUGUGUGGGGUGGAGCUGGACUCACUCAUCUCCCAAGUGAAGGACCUGCUGCCAGACCUUGGUGAGGGCUUCAUCCUGGCCUGCCUGGAGUACUACCACUACGACCCAGAGCAGGUGAUCAACAAUAUCCUGGAGGAGCGGCUGGCCCCCACCCUCAGCCAGCUGGACCGCGACCUAGACAGAGAAAUGAAACCAGACCCUACACCCCUGCUGACGUCUCGCCACAACGUCUUCCAGAAUGACGAGUUUGAUGUGUUCAGCAGGGACUCAGUAGACCUGAGCCGGGUGCACAAGGGCAAGAGUACCAGGAAGGAGGAAAACACUCGGAGUUUGCUCAACGACAAGCGUGCAGUGGCGGCACAGCGGCAGCGCUACGAGCAGUACAGUGUGGUGGUGGAGGAGGUGCCACUGCAGCCAGGCGAGAGCCUGCCCUACCACAGUGGCUACUACGAGGAUGAGUACGAUGACACAUACGAUGGCAACCAGGUGGGCGCCAAUGAUGCAGACUCUGACGAUGAGCUCAUCAGCCGCAGGCCAUUCACCAUCCCUCAGGUGCUGAGAACCAAAGUGCCUAGAGAAGGGCAGGAGGAGGAUGACGACGAUGAGGAAGACGAGGCUGACGAGGAGGCUCCCAAGCCCGACCAUUUCGUGCAGGACCCUGCAGUGCUGAGAGAGAAGGCAGAAGCCAGGCGCAUGGCCUUUCUCGCCAAGAAAGGGUACCGGCAUGACAGCUCAACAGCAGUGGCCGGCAGCCCCCGAGGCCAUGGGCAGAGCCGCGAGACAACCCAGGAACGCAGGAAGAAGGAAGCCAACAAGGCGACAAGAGCCAACCACAACCGGAGAACCAUGGCCGACCGCAAGAGGAGCAAAGGCAUGAUCCCAUCCUGAGGUCUGGUGCAGGGCCAGCUGGGAGGCAGCGGCACAAGACUCACCAGGCCGCGCUCCCAUUGCCUGGGGCCUCCUCACUAGGGGCCCCAAGUUCAACUCGACCCCUCAACAGCCUCAGCUUUGCAGCCCCUGAGAAGGCCGCCUCUCAUCUACCAGCCAGCCAUGAGCGCCUUCCUGCAGAACACACAGUGCCUUAUGCCACAGCCGAAGAAUCCAUGGGGCCGGCAAGCAGGCACCUUCCCCCAGCUGUGCUGGCGGGAAAGAGAUGGGGAUGGAGUCCCAAGGCAAGCGCCCCAAACCUCGGGCCACAAGACACCACUUCCCCUUUACCCUGGACAGCAGGAAACCUGUAUAUUCAAAAACAGAAAAAGGCCUGCUAAUAAAAUUUUUGACCCUUUCAAA